AUGGCCAGCCGAUCGCCUUCGCCGCGUCGCGGUGCCGCUGCCACCGACCGCCGCCGCCCUCCUCGCAAUGGCGGCGACAGCUAUCGCCCCGGCGCUCGCGAGCCCGGCCGCAUGUCCCCAGCCCGCGACGGCCCCGACGACGACGAGCCCCGACGCGCCCGCUCACCACCGCCGCCUCAGCCGCGCCGCCGCUCGCCCGUUCCCGUGCCCACCGAGGAGGAGAAGCAGGCCGCCGCCAAAGCUGAGUACCAGAAGCUGCUCAACAUGCGCUCGGGCGGUACCUACAUCCCCCCUGCGCGCCUGCGCGCCCUCCAGGCCCAGAUCACCGACAAGACCUCCAAGGAGUACCAGCGCAUGGCCUGGGAGGCCCUCAAGAAAUCCAUCAACGGUCUGAUCAACAAGGUCAAUGUCGCCAACAUCAAGCACAUCGUUCCCGAGCUGUUCAACGAGAACCUCGUACGCGGCCGCGGCCUCUUCUGCCGUAGCAUCAUGAAGGCCCAGGCCGCUUCCCUACCAUUCACCCCCAUCUACGCUGCCUUCGCCGCCAUCGUCAACACCAAGCUGCCUCAGGUCGGCGAGCUGCUUGUCAAGAGGCUGGUCAUGCAGUUCCGCAAGGCCUUCAAGAGGAAUGACAAGGCUGUUUGUCUGUCGAGUGUUAUGUUCAUCGCCCACCUCGUCAACCAGCAGGUCGUGCACGAGAUGCUGGCCGCCCAGAUCCUGCUCCUCCUGCUCCAGAAGCCGACCGACGACUCAGUCGAGAUCGCUGUGGGGCUCACCAAGGAGGUCGGCCAUCACCUGGAGGAGAUGAGCCCGCCUAUUGCCAUGGCCGUCUUCGAUCAGUUCAGAAAUAUUCUGCACGAGGCCGAUAUCGACAAGCGUGUCCAAUACAUGGUCGAAGUGCUUUUCCAGGUUCGAAAGGACAAGUUCAAGGAUAACCCCGCCGUCAAGGAAGAGCUCGACCUUAUCGAGGAAGAGGACCAGAUUACACACCGAGUCGAGCUUGACGCCAGCAUUGACGUGCAGGAUGGUCUGAACAUCUUCAAGUUCGACGCCGACUGGGAGGACAAUGAGGCUGCUUACAAGAAAUUGAAGGCAGAUAUUCUCGGCGAGGGCAGUGAUUACGAGGAUGACGACGACGAAGACGAGAGCUCGGACGACGAGGACCACGAGGAGAAGGCCAUGGAAAUCAAGGACCAGUCCAACACGGACCUCGUCAACCUCCGAAAAACCAUCUACCUGACGAUCCAGUCUGCGAUUGACCCCGAGGAAGCAGUCCACAAACUUCUGAAGAUCAACUUGCCCGCCGGCUUGGAAGGGGAGUUGCCAUCCAUGGUGGUCGAGUGCUGCUCGCAGGAGAAGGCAUACACCAAAUUCUUUGGCCUGAUCGCCGAAAGGCUGGCCAAGAUCAACCGAAAAUGGACCGAGCUCUUCGAAGAGUCGUUCAGAAAAUACUACGAGACGUGCCAUCGGUACGAAACAAACAGAUUACGAAAUAUUGCUCGUCUGUUCGGUCACAUGUUCGGUUCUGAUGCCAUGGGCUGGUACAUCCUGUCUGUCAUUCAUCUGAAUGAAGAGGAGACGACUAGUUCCUCCCGUAUUUUCAUUAAGAUCAUGUUCCAGGAGAUUUCUGAGGAGCUUGGCAUGCCGAAGCUACAAGCAAGAAUGAAGGACGACGUUCUCCAGCCCGACCUCGAGGGACUCUUCCCUCGUGACAACGCCAAGAACAUCCGUUUCUCGAUCAACUACUUUACUAGUAUUGGCAUGGGUCCUCUCACUGAAGAGAUGAGAGAGCGCCUCGCCAACCUCCCGAAACCGGCCCUGCCAGCCCCCGCAGCAGCUGCCCACUCCGAUUCCGACUCGGUAUCUAGCUACUCAUCCUAUACUGGAUCCUCCUACUCGUCCCGAUCAAGAUCGCGGACACCUCCCCGCCGAGCCAUCGACAAGAGGGGACGCUCGUUGUCACGAACCCCAUCCAGACGUGGCAGAUCAUACUCGGACAGUCGCAGCAGAAGCUAUUCGCGCUCCCGUUCUCGAUCAUACAGCGCGUCUCGGAGCCCGCCACGCAAUGCGGCAAGACGGGACGGCUCGUACUCGAGGAGCCCCCCGCCACGUGGAGCACGCCGAUACUCGAGCGUCUCGAGAUCUCGUAGUCCCGUACGACAGAACGGCGGCGCUAAGCUACGAGCACGCUCCUACAGCAGCCGUGGUCGUAGUAUGACGCGAUCUCGAUCUCGGUCGUUCACACCAUCUCGCUCACGCAGCCCGCCGCGCAAAGUGCCUGUGAGAGCAAAGCGUACUUCAUACUCGCGAAGCCCAUCUCCGCCUCGGCGACCAGCCGCUGCUCGUGGCAACAGCUACUCCCGCUCUCCAUCACCCCCGCCCAGGCGUGGCAGACCCGCGUCCAGGUCUGUGAGCCCACCGCCCCGGAGACGAAGAAACACGAGCAGCAUCAGCAGUGCGCCCCGUAAGCGAGCGAGGUACACCGAGAGCCGGUCGCCCAGCUCGGACGGCGGCGCACCUCUGAAGCGCAGACGCUACAGCAGUGUGAGUCGGGGUGGCAGUCCGGGGGUCAGCAGGCAGGCGGCAAGAUAA